CUGCCUUGGUUCAUUGGAGCGUCCGCACACAGACAGACAGACAGACAGACAGACAGACAGACAGACAAACAGCUCAUGACAGCUGGGCAAACUCUUCCGUUUUGCUUUGACAGAGUGGAGCCGAGUAAAUGCUGCCGUUUCGUGUAGCGCGCUGAAGCUUUCACGGAAAUGGUUCACCUGAAGUUUUCUGUCGGACAGUAAGAAUAUUAAAAAAAAAAAGUUUGGAGCUGGAGAGAAAUGAAGCCCCUGAGAGACGCUUCAUAUGGAGAGUGAGUAAAUAAACCCUAACCGGAUCUCGAAAAGUUUUUAAAAAGGACAUAGCUCCAUCGUGAGGCGGCAUGUCAAAUCGUGAUUCCCUGGGAGUCGGGGAGCUGCUUCCCCAAGACGUGAUCCAUGUCUUUGCCCAGGAAAAACACAGCAGAAGAGGCCGAAAGAAGCGCACUCGCUCCUUUGGUCGAGCUUUCAGCUGGUUCAAGAGAAAGAAGAGGAAGAACAACUUCAAUAAUGGGCAGAACCACGGUAUGGGGCCCCCUCUGGACCUGGACCUUGAUAGACAUCGUUCCGGUCAUCAUGGUGGACACAAGGGAGGACAGAAGUCAGGGAAGCAGACCCAUCAACAUGGAAACAGUCAUGCUGUCCCAAAGCUAAAUGAUGAUGACAAGACUCCAGCUCCCCCACAGUUCCAGGAGAAUGUUUUUAUCGAGAGCAGCAGGUCCAAGUACAUGGAGGACCUCCACACCGAGGCCCUCGAGGGGCUGAAAAUGAUGCAGGAAGAAGAAAACAGUAAUGGAGUGGAGUAUCAAGAUAAUGAAAGCACAGUUUCGACUGUGACGGUCCAAACAGACGGGGAAAGUGCAGGGUUCGUGACAGACAGCACCAUUCCUGACACAUCCUCAGUUAUCUCAAGACAGUCAUCGAUGUCCGCAAGAUCGUCCCGCUCUGGACUCACCAGGCAAGCGUCAACAUUCAGACCACUGAACUCUGGUAAAAAGUCAGAAAAAAGCAAAACACGAAAACGUCAACGGAGGAGUGUUGCAGGGAUUCCACGACAUGUUCAGAAAGAGUUUGGCUUGGAUAGAGUGGGAUGGAUGGUAACUCGGCGGCUGGAUGAAGAACAACUUUUCAACAGAGAUACGGAUAACAGCCCUUUGACUGUUGGGCCAGAAUCACCAGAAGAACUUGGUUCCAUUCCUCAAACCUCAAACAUCAUCCAUCCACUUAGUAAAGAGAAGGUGGCGCAGCUGAAUGCUGCCCAUGCUGCUCAUAAAGACGACCUGGCACUGCUGCACCGUUUCACUCCUCAUUCUGAAGAUGAGCGGAGACCUCGGUCCGUGGCUGUGCCGUGGAUGACUACUGCGUCCAGUCUCCAACAAAAGCCCCCUAGCCCAGUUAUGACCAUGUCACCACAGGCUGCAUACAUGUCUAAAAUAAUUCCUAAUGCUGUGCUACCACCCUCCGUUGACGUAGUGGAAAUCAGCCGCAGUCGAAGUCGCAGCAGUGUCCGUAUGGUCAGCAAGAGCAGCCUGUUGGUGUCCAGCCCAGCUCCCUCUCGCGCUUCAUCUAGAGCUUCUUCAUCCAGAACCACUUCCUCCAAUAUCACCUCUGUCUCCCGCUACAAUGGUCCUACUCUGUCUGACACUUCCUGUUACAGCAAUUCAGAUUCUUCAGAGACCUUGGUGUCCGAUUCCUCAACCAUCUCCAGCAACAGCAGGCAAAAAAUGCCUCACAAUGUAGACACGUCUGCUAAGCAUUAUAAGGUCAAUAGCAAUUCUUCUAAUGGCACCUUCAACACCAAGGUCCUAAUUAAGGGAGAGCAGAAAGAUGGGCAGUUUGUGCGUAGCCUCUCUGUCAUUAAGUCCAAACGAGCUCCACCUCCUCCAAGUCGCUCCUAUUCCCUUCACAGCAAAAUGAAACGGCGAUCACAGGAUCUGGUAGAGCUUCCAAUAGAACCGUCAGCCCCUAGCAAGGAAAAGGAAAACCAUAAACCUGGAUCAUCCCCAUUGCCCUCCUCAUGUGUAGACAGCCCUGGUUAUCACGGAGAUACCAGCUCUCUAGAUGACUCUACAGGUUCCACAUUAUUCGCUUUAAAGAAAUCUCAGCUACCGGCACCAAAGACGGAGGAUUCGAAAAAGGCUGCAGCAAUAGAUUGCAAGGAUGCUUCAGAAGAAAAGCAGGAGCAGUUUCAAGGGAACAAGCACACUAGAUUAUUGUCUCCAUCCAGUGGUUACUCCAGCCAAGAUGGAACAUCCCCACAACAGCCACCCAGCACGUCUCCAAAGCACAAAAAGGGGUUCUUUACAAAGCUUCAAAAGUUAUUCUCUGGGCCGAACUCUUCUAGUUUGGCUGCAGGUGUCUCGACCCAGACAGAAAUUGCUGAACCUAAACAUGACACAGUCAGCGUCAGCCCCUCAGUUCAGACCCUGAGAGAACUCUUCAACAUCCCUCCCCCACCCAAAGUCCAUGCCCCACCACCACCUCCCCCUGAGGUAUGGGCUCACAGUAAACGUACAUUUGAGUUACUUCUGGGACCUCCUGCUCCUGACAACCCUAUUGCCAUCAUAAAGAAGAAUCCAAAGGACAGGAGACAACAGAGACAGUCUCCCUCGGUGUCUAGAGAAGGAUCUGUAAAGAACUUUGCAGUAGAAAGAAAACACAAGAACAUGGCGGUAACAGUAGAGCCAAUAAAUGAAUCGCUAGAGGCAAAGAAAGUUCAAGAAAGUGGGAUUUUAAAUGCAGAAAUUCACAAAGAGAAGAUUGAAAGAUUGUCUCAGAAUGGAGAUUUGGAAGGUAACGUUAAGAAAGAGAAAGAGAGCGUAUGUGACAUUUUAAAUGGGAUAUUAGUGAAGGAUAUAGAAAAGCGUGAAAGAAAAGGUCAGAAAACGUCCAGCCAAGCUGCAGAGGGAAUGACGAACACGGCUACAUCAACCACCAUUUCAUCAGUGAAUAUUUCUUCAUCGGUGAGUGGUCCUCUACAACUCAGCGCCAUACAGACCACUGAGGCUUCCAGAUCUGUAAAAGUUGUUUCGCCUGAAUCAUCCUGGCCUCCCCCUCCUCCACCAAUGGCUCAAGUUAGCAUCAACGGAGCGGAUGGGCUAGAUUUCCCACUUCCACCACCCCCAUUCUUUGGUGAGGAGGGAAUGAUUUCACCUGUUCAAGUGCCACCAAACGGGAACAGUUAUGGUUGCAAAUCAUCACCUGGAGCUGUGUUUAGUAGACAAGAUGUGAAAGGAGAUUGUAUUGAGGUGUCUCCAUCACCAGGUAUCCCGCCUCCCCCGCCCUAUACUGCUCCACUUCCACCAACCACUGAGACUGAAAAGGGCUCUGUCCCACCAAAAGAGUCUUCAGUAUCUGCUUCACCAGUUAAAGAAGUCCAUCUUCCGACAGCUGUAGAGGUUUCUAAAGACUUUACUCUUCAACAUACCCAGGAAACAUCUUACUCCACUGAACAGGCAGGUCCACUGAGAAAGUAUGUUCCACCUCAGAGUAUUCCACCCCUACCACCACAGCUCCAACCGUCAGAGCAGGAAAUAGAUCCUCCAGACAAGAGUGCCUCACCAAAACCUGAAACUAAAGAAUUACCAAACAGUAUUUUAAUCCCUCAUCAGUGUAUUCCUCCCUCUCCUCCCAAAGAGCCUCUGCUCAAGUCUUCAACUGAUCAUUCAGGAACUGACGAGGCACCAAUUUUACCACCAUCUGAGUUCAGAAAUGCUUCUUUACUAAAAGAGGAAGAAGAAAUUGCUUCUACUCAACCUAUUAACAUUCCGUUGCCUCCACCUUUGCCAGCACAGAUUCCUGCGGACAGUAACCAUAAAUAUGGUCCUCUGAGCAUAGAAAACCAACACCAAACGACAGCUUGUGCAUCUGAUGUACAUAGAGAACAGUCAAAUGUUAUAACCCCUUCCCUCUUGAAAAUGGUCAAGCUUCGGUCUGUUGAAAACAGUCUGGAACCCCUUGAAACUCAAGAGCAGGCCUCUUCUAAAGGUGUCCUUAAGGACCCCUCUUCUACUAUAACAUCAUCACUUCUACAGAUGAUCAAACUUCGGUCUGUGAACAACAGCCCUGAGCCCACUGAAAGUCCCACAGGCGUAAAAGAGGAACCAACACCAUCUUUUCUCCAAAAGGUAAAGCUCCGGUCCAUCAACAACAGCCCCGAACCAGCUGAAGUUGCCAAGGAUUCAGGCGAGGCAUCAGUGUCCAGUGCCACCCCAUCCUCUCUGCAGACAGUCAUGCUUCAGGAUAUUAACAGCCCUGAACCCCCGGAACCCGCCAAGGAUGCAAGCGAAUCAUCAGUAUCCAAUGCUACACCAUCUUCUCUGCAGACAGUCAAACUGCAGGUUAUUAACAACAGCCCUGAACCCGCUGAAGAGGUCAAGGAUGCAACCAAGGAGUCCGUAAAGAACAGUCCCGAACCCCUGGAAGCUAAAGAGCAACCAAAACCUGAGACCCCAGUGAACCUACAGCUCCCUGACAAAGAGCUCCCAACCUCAUCUUCCACUAGUGAGGCUCCUCAGAAGCCCAUCAGAAAAUCUCUGAUCAUGACCUAUCCCACUUCCACAUCUCCACCUGCCACCAUCACCUCAACACCAACUCUGUCUCAGUCUGUUGUAGUUUCAACUGCAACUUCACCAACAGUUGUUGCUCCAAUGAAAGAGUCUCCUCCUGCCACAACCUCUUCUGGCUCCAUGAACCUGCAAGAGGCCAUCCGCCUCAGGACAGCUGCCAGAUCAAAACAGGGUCCUUCUUCUCGGCUCUCACCUUUGUCCCCUCUAGACUACCUUAAAUCGCCGACAAGUACUGCAAGCUUUAUCUUCUCCAAAAGCAACAAGAAGGUAGUGAUUGAGACGAAGCAAAAGCAAGAAGAGAAGGAAAAUGUGCAAAACAACGAGGAAGAUUCCACUAAGGUGACGAGUGAAGGAGAGUCAAAGAUAGCAGGGAGAGUGCCACCACCUGUAGCAAAAAAACCGAAAGCAAAGGGUAAAGAGGCUGAGACCAGCGACGCUGUGGAGCAAACUGCAGGACAGGAAACACAGCUAGAUGGUCUCAAAGAUACCACAGAGGAAAUAAACGGGACAGCAGGUACUGUUCAGAGCGGGACAUCAUCAACAUGAAUGCAAAGCCUGAAGGAGACCUUGGAAGGACUAAAUAACACUGACUUCUUUUUAAUGCAACUGUUUGAGAAACAAAUGGAUUUGAGUUGAUAUGGUUCUUAUUUUCAGAAUUUAUGCAUUAGAAAGUUUGAAUUUCAUGUUAAUGGUGUGGGUCUUAAUUUUCAUUCAUUCAUUUUGCAUUUUAGAGAAAGCAAGUAAUGUAUAUUUUUCUUGCCAGAGGGACUUUUGUUCAUGGUACUCAAGAUGUGGAGGGCAUAUGCUGCCCUCUAGUGUCAACAAGUGAUUGCACCACUUAAAAUAUGUCCUGCUGAAUCAAAGCUUCAGUCUUUGCUUGUAUCAAUGGGAUCUUUGGGAACUGAUUUGUGUUUAUACAACAUUUUUGUUUAUUUAACAUAUCUGAUAAUUAUGGAUGUGUUCCAGAGUUCUGUAUAUUUUCCAAAAGAGUUUCCACACCAAUUAUAUUUGUUUAAAAAACUAUAUUAAGUUAUUUCUGAUGUUUCAUCUGACUUCCCUAGAGAGGAUUUCACUCAAUGCAAAGUAUAUUGUUUAAAUUUGCAGUCAAAUCAGAAAGUCAUUAUGAAGCCCAUUUCAUGCUGCUUUUCGUUUCUGACGGUGGGGAGCGAUGCUUUCCACUCAUAGUUCCAACUUAUUUUUGUUCAAACUGGUUUUAGAGGCUGAAAUGGAGGAUAUAAUCAUUUAUAAUGAAAAUUAAACACUGAAACAAAU